GUGUGUCCUCGUUCGUUUCCACACUGCCGUGGCUGCCGAGCAGUGUGGACUUUGUUUAGGGGGUACACGGUAACUUUUUUCUUCGAAUAUUUCAAGAGACUGUUAAACAUCGAUUGGAUUGAUCUGAUUUCGACCGUCGGAGAUAGCCUCUUCUCUUCACUCGUUCUCAAGAACGUUUAGCUGCGUUUUAGGCAUUACUCAGCAUCCGCACAGGACAUUCACCUACCGGCGUGUUCUUCACGUGGGUCCCCUGCCUACAGCUAAUCUUUCAGAGCUGGUUCAUUGAAAGAGGAAGUAACUUGGUGGCUGGCAUUAGAAAGGCUUUCGUGAUUUACAGAUUCUUCUGAGUGGUUACAUAACGUUAUAAAGGGGCAGUAUAAAAGCAUUCAGCUAUGUCGGAGAAAAUGGCAUCCUUGAUUUUAGAGGACGGGACCACGUUCCAAGGCCGCCUUUUUGGGGCUGUUGCAUCCGUGUCUGGUGAAGUUGUUUUUCAGACCGGCAUGGUGGGUUAUCCAGAGGCACUCACAGACCCCUCCUACAAGUCUCAGAUCCUGACCCUUACCUACCCCCUCAUUGGGAAUUAUGGGAUCCCCAAAGAUGAGGAGGGAGAGUUUGGACUCAGCAAGUGGUUCGAGUCUUCCAGAAUCCAUGCUGCUGCGCUCAUUGUUGGCGAGCUGUCCCAGAACCCGAGCCACUGGAGCUCUGCCAUGUCUCUGGACCAGUGGCUACAGGAGCAGGGCAUUCCUGGGCUACAGGGAGUGGACACUCGCCGCCUGACCAAGAAGAUCCGUGAGAAGGGCACCAUGCUGGGGAAACUGGUGGUGGGUGGCACCCAGGCCAAGAGUAUUCCCUUUGACAACCCUGACACCAGAAACCUGGUUAAAGAGGUCUCCAUGAAGGAGCCGAAGGUGUUCAACCCUGAGGGCAGUGUCAGCAUUCUGGCACUGGACUGCGGUAUCAAGUACAACCAGAUCCGCUGCCUGUGCCAGAGAGGUGCCCGGGUCACUGUAGUCCCCUGGGACCAUCCACUGGUCGGCAAAGAUUUUGACGGCCUGUUUAUCAGCAACGGCCCAGGAAACCCAGAGUUCUGCAAGGAGACCGUCGAGAACCUGAGAAAGGUGGUGUGCGUGGAGAACCCAAAGCCCCUUUUUGGCAUCUGCCUCGGCCACCAGCUCCUCUCUCUGGUCAUUGGAGCCAAGACCUACAAAAUGAAGUAUGGAAACCGUGGCCACAACCAGCCCUGCAUCCACAAAGGCACCGGACGUUGCUACAUCACCUCUCAGAAUCACGGCUUCGCUGUGGACCCCGAGACCCUGCCCGCAGGCUGGGACGUACUCUUUACCAAUGCCAACGACCAGAGCAGCGAGGGCAUCGUCCACAACAGCAAACCAAUCUUCAGUGUACAGUUCCACCCUGAACAUAUGGCUGGCCCCACUGACCUGGUCAGUCUCUUUGACGUGUUUCUGGACACUGUCAAGGAUCUGAAGGAGGGCAAGAGCGGUAAACCAGUGAAGGAGAGAUUGAUGGAGCAUCUGGCCUUCCCAGGCUCUCCUGACCCUGACGCGUUUGUCCGUCCCCACAAGGUGCUCAUCCUGGGGUCUGGAGGGCUGUCCAUUGGCCAAGCUGGCGAGUUUGACUACUCCGGGUCUCAGGCCAUCAAAGCUCUGAAGGAGGAGAAUGUGCAGACGGUGCUCAUCAACCCCAACAUCGCCACCGUGCAGACCUCCAAGGGGCUGGCAGACAAGGUCUACUUCCUGCCCAUCACCCUAGAGUAUGUUACACAGGUGAUUAAAAACGAGCGACCCGACGGUGUUCUGCUCACCUUCGGUGGCCAGACGGCGCUGAACUGCGGCGUGGAGUUGACCAAACGCGGGGUGCUGGAGAAGUACCAGGUGCGCGUGCUGGGGACCCCCGUCUCCUCCAUCGAGAUGACGGAGGACCGCAAGAUCUUUGUGGAGAAGAUGGAGGAGAUCAACGAGCACGUGGCUCCCAGCGAGGCGGCGCUCUCCGUGGAACAGGCGGUAUCGGCAGCGGAGAGGCUCGGCUAUCCUGUGCUGGUGCGCUCUGCCUUUGCCCUGGGAGGCCUGGGCUCGGGCUUCGCCAACAACCGCGAUCAGCUCAUCACGCUGGUCACCCAGGCCUUUGCCCACACCUCCCAGGUCCUGGUGGACAAGUCCCUCAAGGGCUGGAAGGAGAUUGAGUACGAGGUGGUCAGGGACGCCUACGACAACUGUAUUACGGUGUGUAAUAUGGAAAACAUUGACCCACUGGGCAUUCACACGGGAGAGUCCAUCGUAGUGGCUCCCAGCCAGACGCUAAACGACUACGAGUACAACAUGCUGCGGAACACUGCCAUCAAGGUCAUCCGCCACCUGGGCAUCGUGGGAGAGUGUAACAUCCAGUACGCUCUCAACCCAGAGUCCGAGCAGUAUUACAUCAUUGAGGUGAAUGCCCGUCUGUCCCGGAGUUCAGCGCUGGCCAGUAAGGCCACAGGUUAUCCUCUGGCCUACGUCGCGGCCAAACUAGGCCUGGGGAUCCCCCUUUCAGCCCUCAAGAACUCUGUGACUAACUCCACCACGGCCAACUUUGAGCCCAGUCUGGACUACUGUGUGGUCAAGGUCCCACGGUGGGAUCUGAGCAAGUUCCUGCGCGUCAGCACCACAAUCGGCAGCUCCAUGAAGAGUGUGGGUGAGGUGAUGGCUAUUGGUCGAAGCUUUGAGGAAGCCUUCCAGAAAGCAUUGAGAAUGGUGGAUGAGAACUGUGUGGGAUUUGACCACACCAUCAAACCAGUUUCUGAGCAGGAGCUCCAGACGCCCACAGACAAGCGCAUCUUCGUCCUGGCGUCAGCACUUCGGGCCGGCUACACGGUGGACCGCCUGUAUGAGCUGACCAAGAUCGACCGUUGGUUCCUGCACAAGAUGAAGAACAUAACCGACCACGAGCACCUGCUGGAGUCCUACAACCAGGACGAGAGCACCAUGCCUCCCGAGGUGAUGAGGAAGGCCAAGCAGCUGGGCUUCUCCGACAAGCAGAUCGCCAUGGCUGUGCAGAGCACCGAGCUGGCAGUGCGUAAGCUGCGGCGCGACUGGGCCAUCCUGCCCGUGGUCAAGCAGAUCGACACUGUGGCGGCGGAGUGGCCGGCCCACACCAACUACCUCUACCUGACCUACCACGGCACGGAGAGUGACCUGGCCUUCGAGCAGCCGCACGUCAUGGUGCUGGGCUCCGGCGUCUACCGCAUCGGCAGCAGCGUGGAGUUCGACUGGUGCGCCGUGGGCUGCAUCAUGGAGCUGCGGAAGAUGGGCUACAAAACCAUUAUGGUGAACUACAACCCCGAGACUGUCAGCACGGACUACGACAUGUGCGACCGACUCUACUUCGAUGAGAUCUCCUUUGAGGUGGUGAUGGACAUCUACGAGAUGGAGAACCCGGAGGGCAUCAUCCUGUGCAUGGGGGGCCAGCUGCCCAACAACAUCGCCAUGCCACUGCACCGGCAGCAGUGCCGCAUCCUGGGUACCUCGCCCGAGUUCAUCGACUCGGCCGAGAACCGCUUCAAGUUCUCCCGCAUGCUGGACACCAUCGGCAUCAGCCAGCCCCGUUGGAAAGAGCUGUCCGACAACGAGUCUGCCAUGCACUUCUGUGAGACGGUGGGCUACCCAUGUCUGGUGAGGCCUUCUUACGUGUUGAGCGGGGCGGCCAUGAACGUUGCGUACUCCGACCGCGACCUGGAGAAGUACCUGAGCAGCGCUGUGGCCGUGUCCAAGGAGCACCCUGUGGUCAUCUCCAAAUUCAUCCAGGAGGCUAAGGAGAUCGACGUGGACGCAGUGGCAUGUGACGGACUGGUCAUCGCCAUCGCCGUGUCCGAGCAUGUGGAGAACGCCGGUGUACAUUCGGGGGACGCCACACUGGUGACUCCGGCGCAGGACAUCAACCAGAAGACCAUGGAGCGCAUCAAGAUGAUCGUCCACGCCAUCGGUCAGGAGCUGCAGGUCACCGGCCCCUUCAACCUGCAGCUCAUCGCUAAGGAUGACCAGCUGAAAGUGAUCGAGUGCAACGUGCGAGUCUCUCGCUCCUUCCCCUUCGUCUCCAAGACGCUGGGUGUUGACAUGGUUGCCUUGGCAACGCAGCUGAUCAUGGGAGAGGAGGUGGAGACUGUGGGAUUGAUGAGGGGAACCGGCAUUGUGGGCGUCAAGGUGCCCCAGUUCUCCUUCUCCCGGCUGGCCGGGGCAGACGUCGUGCUUGGGGUGGAGAUGACCAGCACUGGGGAGGUGGCCUGCUUCGGGGAGAACCGCUACGAGGCCUACAUCAAGGCCAUGCUCAGUACCGGCUUCAAAAUCCCCAAGAAGAACAUCCUCCUCUCCAUCGGCAGCUACAAGAAUAAGAGUGAGCUGCUACCUACGGUACAGACACUGGAGAGUCUGGGCUAUAACCUCUACGCCAGCCUGGGCACAGCCGACUUCUACACAGAGCACGGAGUCAAGGUGAUGGCGGUGGACUGGCCAUUCGAGGAGGAGGAGUCGGACUGCCCCAACAAGGACAAGCAGAGAAACAUCAUGGACUAUCUGGAGGAGAACCACUUCGACCUGGUGAUCAACCUGUCCAUGAGGAACUCCGGCGGCCGACGCCUGUCCUCCUUCGUCACCAAGGGUUACCGCACGCGCCGUAUGGCGGUGGACUACUCCGUGCCCCUCAUCAUUGACAUCAAGUGCACCAAGAUGUUCGUACAGGCACUUCGUCAGAUUGGUCAAGCCCCAGCUGUUAAGACCCACGUGGACUGCAUGACGUCACAGAGGCUCGUACGUCUUCCAGGUCUCAUCGAUGUUCAUGUCCACCUGCGUGAGCCUGGAGCCACUCACAAAGAGGACUUCUCCUCGGGCACAGCCGCUGCCCUGGCUGGCGGCGUCACCAUGGUGUGUGCCAUGCCCAACACCAAUCCCGCCAUCAUCGACCAGAACUCGCUCGCCAUGGCACAGAAGCUUGCAAAGGCUGGGUGUCGCUGUGACUAUGCCCUUUACCUGGGAGCAGCCUUCGACAAUGCUGCCAUCCUGCCCUCCAUUGCAAGUUCAGCAGCGGGCCUGAAGAUGUACCUGAACGACACCUACUCCACGCUGAAGAUGGACAACGUCUCCCUGUGGAUGGAGCACUUUGAGAAGUGGCCGAAGCACUUGCCCAUUGUAGCGCAUGCUGAAAAACAGACGGUGGCGGCCAUUCUGAUGGUGGCCCAGCUGUACCAGAGAGCUGUGCACAUCUGCCACGUAGCUAAGAGAGAGGAGAUCCUAAUCAUCCGUGCAGCCAAGCAGAAGGGCAUCCAGGUGACGUGCGAGGUGGCGCCACACCACCUUUUCCUGUGCGAAGACAACGUGCCGGUGAUCGGGCUGGGCAGGGCGCAGGUGCGGCCCAUGCUGGGCAGCAGGGAGGACAUGGAGACCCUCUGGGAGAACUUGGACAUCAUCGACUGCUUCGCCACCGACCAUGCCCCUCACUCAGUGGAUGAGAAGAACCUGGAGAAGGCCCCUCCGGGCUACCCGGGGCUGGAGACCAUGCUGCCCCUGCUGCUCACCGCCGUCAGCGAGGGACGCCUCACGCUGGACGACAUCAUCCUGAGGCUAUACGAGAACCCCCGACGCAUCUUUAACCUGCCCACACAGGAGAACACCUACGUUGAGGUGGAUCUGGAGCAGGAGUGGGUCAUCCCUAAGCACAUGCAGUUCACCAAGUCCAAGUGGACGCCCUUUGAGGGCAUGAAGGUCAAAGGUCGAGUGAGGAGAGUGGUGCUGAGAGGAGAGGUGGCCUACAUUGAUGGACAGGUCCUAGUGCCCCCAGGCUAUGGAGAGGAUGUGAGGACCUGGUCACCUGCCUUACCAACCCCUGUCCUGAAAGAAACCGCGAAGGAACCUCCAAAGACCCCAGAGCGUGCCCGCCUGUCCACCCCCAGCGAGGCCCUUCGUGGGAGACCCCCUAGCCCACGCCGCGGUGUCACAGGGGACGGCCGGUUCAUCCAGCCCCCCCGCAUCCACCGCGCCUCUGACCCCGGCCUCCUCCCAGGUGUAUUUACUGUGGUUCCACGUAGACAUCGGUUAUUUGUCAAUGCAUGUGCAGAGGAGGACUCAGGCAGCGCAAGGAGGGCUUAUGACACAGACGUGGCAGCCUCCGCAGACCCAUACCCCCACCCUCCCCCUCUGUCCAGGAUCCUCUCCCCCCUGGCAGGUCAGACCCCAGCCGUGGCCCACCUGCAGACUUCCCCCCUGCUGCACCCACUGGUGGGACAGCACGUCCUGGCUGUGCGCCAGUUCAGCAAGGAGCAGAUGUCUCACUUGUUUAAUGUGGCUCACACACUUCGCCUGCUGGUGCAGAAGGAGAGGAGUCUGGAUAUUCUGAAGGGUAAAGUGAUGGCCUCCAUGUUCUACGAAGUGAGCACACGCACCAGCAGCUCGUUCGCGGCGGCCAUGCAGCGGCUGGGCGGCUCGGUGGUCCACUUCAGCGAGGCUACCUCCUCCACGCAGAAGGGCGAGUCGCUGGCCGACUCCGUCCAGACCAUGAGCUGCUACGCUGACGUCAUCGUGCUGCGCCACCCCACUCCUGGAGCCGUGGAGACUGCAGCGAAGUUCUGCCGAAAGCCGGUGAUCAACGCUGGCGAUGGCGUCGGGGAGCACCCCACCCAGGCCCUGCUGGACGUCUUCACCAUCCGAGAGGAGCUGGGCACCGUCAACGGCAUGACCAUCACCAUGGUGGGUGACCUGAAGCACGGGCGGACGGUGCACUCUCUGGCCCGACUGCUGACCCAGUACAGAAUCACGCUUCGCUACGUGGCGCCCAAGAACCUCCACAUGCCAGAGGAGAUUGUGAGCUUUGUGGCCUCCAAAGGCAUUAAGCAGGAGUACUUUGACAGCAUCGAAGAGGCUCUGUCUGAAACUGACGUCCUGUACAUGACCAGAAUCCAGAAGGAGCGCUUUGCCACUGAGGAGGAGUACAAGGCUUGCUUUGGCCAGUUCAUCCUGACACCCCAUAUCAUGACUGGAGCCAAGAGGAAGAUGGUGGUCAUGCACCCGUUGCCCAGAGUCAAUGAGAUCAGCCCUGAGGUGGACUCGGACCCCAGAGCUGCCUACUUCCGCCAGGCUGAAAACGGCAUGUACAUCCGCAUGGCUCUGCUGUCAACUGUAGUGGGAAGAUGAACUCACACACACACAGCAACAUGAAUGCAUUCAUGCAUUCGAUUAUGUGUACAACACACCCUCUCCUGUAUGAAUAUUCAACUGCCCCUCUUAAGGCACCAAAUCUUUUCUACAGUAGUAUGUAAACUGUCACAAGGGAACACUCAUGAGGGAAGUUGUAGUAAAGGAAAUGGUAUUCUGCUCCAUCAGCACCAACUAGGGUUUUUAACUUUUGAGGUCUGUAGAUAAGUCAUUCCUGCUGUUGAUCCUUUUAUAAUGGCUGUGAUGGACUGUUUUGUUCAAAUGAACUGCUUAUUGUAUUUGUUGAAUCCAACAAACCUCUUGAGGCAUUUUCUCUCAACACUGCAUGUCUGUUAGGGAAGGAGAUCUUAGAAUCUUGUCUACAAAAUUACCCAUGUUUUUUCCUGUAAUGGUCUUUUUUGUGGUUAAAAGGGACCUUGCAUAUUUUAUUUGUGCAGUAUUAAACUGAAAACUUUGCAAGACUUUUUGGUACUGUCCUGGGAAGAAUGUUAUGUAUUUUUAGGUAAAUAAAAAAACACUUCACUGGG